AUGCCGAAAACCAAGUCAGACGAAAGAGUGGAGGAUGCCAUCAUUCGUCGCAAGGCUAUUCUGACAAACCUAUCGGAUGUGGAAAGGUUUACGAGAGAGUUCAACGUGGAUCGUGAUGUUGGGCGCCUCCAAGUUCGACAAGAUCUAGUUGAUAGGAUCUACGACCAAUUCCAGAAAACGCAAACCGUCAUCGAGAAGUGGGAUGGGUCAGACCGGCUCGAAAUGCGUUUGGCUGAGAGAUCGACCAUCGAGGAAAGGUUUUGUGAGGUGAAAGCAUUCCUGUUGAACAACAUCCCAGAAAGGUUGAGUAGUACCACAUCAUCCGAGCCGACCGUACCAGCCAGGACAGCUAUGUUUCACCUACGCUUGCCCAAAAUAGAUUUGCCGAGGUUCGAUGGUGAUUUUUCACGAUGGUUGUCGUUCCGAGACACGUUCAAGUCUAUGGUGCAUUCGAAUCCAGACGUUCCAGCGGUUGCAAAGCUGCAGUACCUCCUACAGAGUCUAGAAGGCGAAGCCAAGAAACCUUUUGAGUCCGUGAACGUUGAGGCUGACAGUUAUCUCAUCACUUGGGAAGCGUUGAUGAAGAGGUAUGAUAACCAGCGGUAUCUGAAACGACAGCUCUUCAGGGCAAUGUAUGACCUCCAACCUUUGAGAGAGGAGUCUUCGAAGGAUCUUCAUACCUUGACAGAUGACUUUGAUCGCCACGUGAAGGCCAUGGCUAAACUGAGUGAGCCGGUAGGUUACUGGGAUACUCCACUAGUGAAUCUACUGUGCUACAAACUGGAUCCAACGACACUUCGAGCCUGGGAGGAGAAAACAAGCGACCUGAGAGACAUCACUUACCAAGAGUUGAUCGAUUUCCUGUAUUCUCGAGCGAUGAUGCUGAGGACGAUCGUCACAGAAGAACAGCGCAACCUGCAAACGAUUCCAGCGAGGAUGACGGAUUCCCAACCGAAGAAGGCGUUCCGAUUAGUGGCCAAUCCUGUUGCGUCUGAUCCAAAAACCGAUUUACCCGUGUGCGUAGUAUGUUCCGAACGACACCAUCUAUUUCGCUGUAGGAAAUUCGCCAGCUUCUCUCCCUACAACCGACGGCAAGUUGUCACAUCCCAUCGUUUGUGUUGGAAUUGUUUCAAUUCCGGCCAUUUAGCUCGAAACUGUUCCUCCAGACACACUUGUCGUUUUUGCAGUGGAAAGCAUCACUCUCUCCUCCACGAUGCAAUCAAGACCAGCUUUUUCAAUUCGCUACCGGAACCAACGUCGCUACUGCCGAAUUCGUCCCUACCAGCUCCGCAGCGCAGUACCGUUCCUCCAGAUGCAGAUCCGCAACCAUCAACUUCGAGCCAACAAGUAUGUAUGACUGUUCAGGCAUCAAACAGUACAGUUUUACUAGAAACGGUGAUGCUUUUGGUGGUUGACAGUACGGGGAAGGAAAUUCCGGCGCGAGCGCUACUGGAUUCUGCUAGUAUGUGCAGCUUCAUGACGAAGAAGUUGGCCAACACUCUCGAUCUCCACCGUUCUACCGUUGACAUUGCCGUUUCCGGGAUUGGUGAGUCAUCCAAGCAGAUCAAGCGCCAGUUAACAGCAAAGAUUCGUUCAACUGUCACCAAGUAUGCAACGGAGCUAGAUUUCUUGAUCCUGAAAAGGCCAACAGUCUGUCUACCGACUGUGAAAAUGGAUGUCGCUGCUUGGAAAAUUCCCGACGUUGACCUGGCUGAUCCUCAUUUCUUUAUUCCUGCGGACAUUGAUCUCGUCGUUGGCGGAGAAGUGUAUCACGAACUUCAUGGCGGCAGAAAGAUUUCCCUCGGCAAUGAGAUGCCGACUCUAGUUGAGACUGUAUUUGGUUGGGCUGUAUCCGGAUCGGUUCCAAUAAAUUCCUCCGAAACUCCCCGGUUAUGCCAUCUUACGACCAUCGAUCGAGACCAAGAACAAUCCACCGAAAGGUUUUGGGAACUGGAAUCUCUGUUGCCGUCUCAAGCUCUGUCAGCUGAAGAAACAAAGUGUGAAGAAGUGUUCAGUGCUACCACCAUUCGCGAUUCGUCCGGUCGUUUCGUUUUUAGAUUGCCACUCACUAGUGAUCCCCUGGUACGUGUUGAAGAAUCCAGAUCCAUCGCCGAGUGCCGCUUCCAAAGUCUAGUGAGGAGACUUAAGCGAGAUCCUGCCACUCGAGAAGCCUACGUUUGUUUCAUGGCCGACUACGAACGUUUGGGUCACAUGAUCAAGUUGACUGAUCCAGUAGACGACUCUGUCCCCCACUGCUAUCUACCACAUCAUCCAGUCUUCAAGGAGUCAAGCACAAGCACCAAGGUCCGUGUUGUUUUUGACGCUUCGUGCAAGACAUCAACCGGUUACUCCAUCAACGAUAUGCAGUUGGUGGGACCUACUAUCCAGGACGAUCUACUGUCGAUCAUUAUGCGCUUCCGAACCUACCCAAUCGCACUCGUAGCCGACAUUGAGAAGAUGUACCGCCAAAUACAACUGCACCUGGACAACUCACCAUUUUUAGCCACCCUUGCAUCGACCGGCCGUCUUCCAUCUUCAUCGCAGUGGAGGUACAUCCGCACAAAACUGGAUUUGGAUGGAGUUAUUCGGAUUAGAAGAGUUCUGGCCAACGCAACCGUUCCAGAAGCUACGAUGCAUCAAAUUGUUCUGCUCGCGAAACACCCACUUUAA